GAUUGCGCAUAAGCAGAAAUAAAACAGAGUACAUGGAAUGCAUCUAUAACCCUAACACUAGACAUCGUAGCACUAUAAGUCUUCAAGGAAAACCGCUUAACAAGGUAUCACAAUUUAAAUAUCUGGGGUCCAUGAUAUCAUCGGAUGCCAAUAUUGAUGCUGACGUUACACAUCGAAUCAAUGUGGCUUGGCAGAAAUGGAGGAGUCUGACGGGAGUAUUAUGUGAUCCAAAGAUGCCAAUAAAGACCAAAGGAAAAGUCUACAAGACCGCAGUUAGACCAGCUCUAAUGUAUGGCUCCGAGUGCUGGGCAAUCAAAAAAGCUCAAGAGCAAAGAGUUCAUGUAAAUGAAAUGAAAAUGCUUAGAUGGGCGGCCGGCGUAACUAGACUUGAUAAAGUGCGCAAUGAGUACAUCAGAGGAAGUUUCAAGGUCGCUCCCAUCUCAGAGAAACUCACUGAACAGCGUCUAAGAUGGUAUGGACACGUAAUGAGGCGUGAAGAAAACCACGUAGUAAGGAGGGCACUAAACUUGCCAAAUAGAAGACGGGGUCUGGGACGUCCCCCCGCCACCUGGUGGUCUACCAUAUCAAAAGACAUGGAGAGAGCCCAAUUGAACAAACAGACAACCCAGGAUAGACCAUCCUGGCGCAUGAGAACGAGGAGAGCCGACCCCAAAUAAAGGGAUAAGGCAAAGGAAGAAGAAGA